AUGGAAAGAGAGGAGAAGGAGGGAAAGCGCGAUAUUAGAUCGAAAUGGAAAGGAGAUUAUCCUGAUGGAAGUAGGCCACAUGGGGGAAGGCCUUCCUAUCCUGACUGGCGUAAUCAUUAUAACGAGUUUGAUAGAGCGAGGAGAAGGAAAAUAAGCCAAUACCAAGGAAAUUCAAUUAGAUAUAGAGAAGGUGGGAAUCACACAAUGCAUUCUCCCUAUGCACCACCUCCGAGAGUUUGGACUCCACACGGGCCAUAUUCCGGUAGCAGAUACGAGGCGAGAGAGAGAGGAAGGGGUUAUGGGACAGAACAGCCAGUAAGAGAAGGGGGAGAAUAUGAGAGGUCAAGCCAUGCUUAUAGAAACGAAAAGCAUGGAUUAAAAGCAAAGAGGAACGGCUCUCCCUCAAGGGCGAUUGGGAUAUUUGGACUGGGUGCCUAUAUAACCGAAGAUGAUGUUAAGGGCUUCCUCAAAGAGAGGAUAGAUGAAAUAACUAACUAUAAGGUUGUAAUAGUCUAUGAUAAAUAUAAUGGAUUGUCCAAAGGAUACGGCUUCAUCCAAUUCGACACUGUCGAUGAUGCAAUAACUGCCAAGAAUAGAUUGACUGGGCAAACCAUCAAAGGAAAGGAAAUAAGAAUCGAUUAUUCUAUCGAAUGA